CUUUCCCUUCUCCAACUUAUUGACAGACAGGGGCAAAUGUAUUCUUAACAUUUCUUCUGUUGUAAAUUUGCUGGAUAAAAGCCCUAUUCUUAUCCUCAAAUUAGCUGGGUCAGUCUGACCUGUUUAAUUUAUUUCUUUCUUCAGAUGAUGAAUUAUACGGUGGUUUACUUUCUUUUGAAGGUUAAGUGAGUCUGUUUCAAUCAAAAUGAAAGACCUACGGUCAUACUUGAGAGACCAGGUCUACUCUAUAAUCUCCAACAUUAAGUCUUUUUUUGUUCAUUUUGGGGUAUACUUUUCCAGUUAAAAGGUAGCCAGGCCCUUCACUAUAGCUCUAUUGUUUUUCUUUGGCAGUCUUUUGGUGAGAAGUUCAGGCAUUUAACGGCACUUGAAGGCCUAAAUUGGUAGUGUAACCAAGCAACCGGAGAAGAAACAGGGGCACAGCAGUGGCGACACAGGAGACGGACACAAACUGUAGCCAGGCUAGAGGCAGACUACUCUGGUGCAGUCCAGGAUGAGAACGCCUCCAGACCUCCUCGCUGUAAUGGCUACCAGUAUAGUGGAUGACACUAGCGUGUCUGGAACCCUGCUGCUGCUGCUGCUCUGUCUCCUGCUCAUCACGACCCGGUGCCUCACUAACGCCUCACACAUACCAGGUCCUUUCUUCUGGGCUGGUCUGGGUCCAAUCAUGUCCUACUCUAGGUUCAUCUGGAGUGGGAUAGGAACAGCCUGUAACUACUACAACAAGAGAUAUGGGAGUAUGGUUCGGGUCUGGAUCAACGGAGAAGAGACUCUCAUUCUUAGCAAGUCCUCUGCUGUCUACCAUGUCCUGAAGAGUGCCCACUACACAGCCCGGUUUGCCAGUAAACAGGGACUGCAGUGUAUCGGGAUGGACGGGAGAGGUAUCAUCUUCAACAGCGACAUACCACUCUGGAAAAAAGUGAGGACAUAUUUUGCGAAAGCUCUGACAGGACCUGGUCUGCAGAGGACAGUAGGGAUCUGUGUGAGUGCUACAGACAGACACCUGGAGCGUCUGCAGGAGAUGACUGACCCCUCCGGACACGUAGAUGUUCUCAACCUGCUGAGAUGCAUCGUAGUGGACAUUUCUAACAAACUGUUCCUCCGGGUGCCUCUCAACGAGAAAGAGCUGCUAUUGAAGAUUCAACACUACUUUGACACCUGGCAAACGGUUCUGAUCAAGCCUGAUAUCUUCUUCAAAUGUGGAUGGAUGUACAAGAGGCACCAAAAAGCAGCCAAGGAUCUACAGGAUGUGAUGGAAAGCCUUAUUGAAACCAAAAGAAGAAUUAUCAGUGAAUCUGAAAAACUGGAUGAUGAUAUUGACUUCACCUCAGAACUCAUCUUUGCCCAGAACCAUGGAGAGCUGUCGGCGGACGACGUGAGACAGUGUGUGUUGGAGAUGGUGAUAGCAGCCCCAGACACUCUGUCCAUCAGUCUGUUCUUCAUGCUCAUGCUGCUGAAGCAGAACCCUGAGGUGGAGAUGAGGAUUGUAGAGGAGAUCAGCACUCUCAUAGGAGAGAAGGAUGUCAUGACAGUUGACUUCCAGAACUUCAGAGUGCUGGAGAGUUUUAUCAAUGAGUCCAUGAGGUUCCAUCCUGUGGUAGACUUCACCAUGAGGAAGGCGCUGGAAGAUGACGUCAUCGAUGGGACUAAGGUUUCCAAGGGAACCAACAUCAUCCUCAACAUAGGGCUCAUGCACAAAACUGAGUUCUUCCCCAAACCCAACGAAUUCAGCUUGGAGAACUUUGAUAAAACUGUGCCCAGUCGUUUCUUCCAGCCGUUCGGCUGUGGCCCCCGCUCCUGUGUGGGUAAACACAUCGCCAUGAUGAUGAUGAAGGCUGUCCUGGUGACGCUGUUGGCGCGGUACACGGUGUGUCCUCGUCAUGGCAACACACUGAGCAGCAUCAGGCAGACAAACAACCUUUCACAGCAACCCGUGGAGGAUGAACACAGUCUGGCAAUGAGGUUCAUACCAAGACAGAUGACCACAACCUAACCACAACCACUACUGACCACAACCACCACUGACCACAAUCACCACUGACCACAAUCACUACUGACCACAAUCACUACUGACCACAAUCACUACUGACCAAUAUAACCUGUCCUGAUCAACAACCUGUCACAGCAACCUGUUGAGAAUGAACAUGAACACAGCCUGACCAUGAGGCUCAUACCCAGAAUGACACAAGCAGCCUCCACUGACCACAACCAGCCACCACUGACCACAAUCAGCCACCACUGACCACAACUAGUCACCAGCCUCCACUGACCACAACCAGCCUCCACUGACCACAAUCAGCCUCCACUGAACACAACCAGCCUCCACUGAACCCAACCAGCCUCCACUGACCACAACCAGCCUCCACUGACCACAACCAGCCACCACUGACCACAACCAGCCUCCACUGACCACAACCAGCCACCACUGACCACAACCAGCCACCACUGACCACAACCAGCCACCAGCCACCACUGACCACAACCAGCCACCAGCCUCCACUGACCACAACCAGCCUCCACUGACCACAACCAGCCUCCACUGACCACAACCAGCCUCCACUGACCACAACCAGCCUUCACUGACCAUAACCAGCCACCAGCCUCCACUGACCACAACCAGCCUCCACUGACCACAACCAGCCUUCACUGACCAUAACCAGCCUCCACUGACCACAACCAGCCUCCACUGACCACAACCAGCCUCCACUGACCACAACCAGCCUCCACUGACCACAACCAGCCUCCACUGACCACAACCAGCCACCAGCCUCCACUGACCACAACCACUACUGACCACAAUCACUACUGACCACAAUCACUACUGACCAAUAUAACCUGUCCUGAUCAACAACCUGUCACAGCAACCUGUUGAGAAUGAACAUGAACACAGCCUGACCAUGAGGCUCAUACCCAGAAUGACACAACCAGCCUCCACUGACCACAACCAGCCUCCACUGACCACAACCAGCCUUCACUGACCAUAACCAACACUGACCAAACUGACCACAACCAAUACCAACCACACUGACCUGACUGGUGGAGGACAAACACAGCCUCACCGUGCCCAGAAUGGUCACACAUUUCUCUGGCCACUUGAUCACAGCCGCUGAGACACACCUAGCACUGACCAUAUAAAUGUAAAUACACAAGUUACCAAGACAGUACAAACAGAUAUGGGACCAGGUACUACUACUGCUGGGCUAUAGUCGAUACUUUUUCUGUUACUAUCCCACAACUGUAAUACAGUACUGCUACACUAGACUACAUUUUAACACUAGUCUGUGCGUUUUUCUACUUAUUUUCUUGUUUGAAAAAUUACAAUUUCUAGUUGUUUUUAAAACCAUGUCAUUAAAAUGUAUAAACAAUUGUUUGUAUCAUGUGCAUAACUACUGUAAACAUUUACUCAAUAAAAUUACAAUUGUGUAUAAAUAUCUUUAUAAAACAAGUUUUAUCCUCA